CAUGCUCUCGGAUUUAGUAAGAACCUUAAUCUGAGAAUUCAUUUAAAUCACAAUUUGGUAUCUGACUUGUCUAGUUGUCUUUAAGGAAGGUGAUCUCCAACAGUUGGUUAUGAGUACUGACCAACUGAAGCUGUUUAACUGCCCAGUAAAAUCAUAAAUAUGUUACGAGAACACAACUCACUCAGCCAUGAGUGGGAGGGAAACAAGCCACCAAUGAGACUCGAGAGACGUGGCUCAAUGCCGGUACCAACUGAUAAAUCUGUGGAACGGUCGGCCAUUUCAGGAACUCUGAACUACUUUGAGGAAGAAGAAGAAGCACCAAAGAUGGCUGUGUUCUUUCUGAAGGUGCUGCUGCUCUCCUCAUUAUGUGAGGCAGAGAUCAGUGAAAUCUCUCAGCCCGUUUCUGUUCAGACACUGAAGCUCAGAGAGUCGGCCGCCAUCGAAUGCAACAUGAAGAGCGCAGCUCUGAAAACAGUGUGGUACAAACUGACGGCAGGAAGAAGACUGCAGCCGGUUGCAACAGUUGAUAAUCAGAACAAUCGGAGCGUUGUUACUGAUGAAUUUCAAAACCGUUUCUCAGUUGAAUUUGACGGCAUCAGCAAUCGCCUGAGGAUAUCAGCAACUUCAUGGGACGAUAUUGGAACAUACUUCUGUGGAGAGAUGCACUGGGAUAAGGUUCAGUUUGGAUCAGGAACCUUUCUGUUUCUUGAAGAUGAUUUAACAUCUCAAAGCGUUUUUACGGUCGAUCCCAACAUUGCGAUAUUCAUCUCAUCCAUCAUCCUCACCAUCUGCGCUCUGGGUGUUUAUCUGGGAUCCUUAGUCUGGAUCACUGAGGAGACAAACUGCUGUUUUGGGUCUUGUGAAGGACUUCCAGCUCCGUCCACAACCCCUGCAGAGGUCCAACAUGAGGACCAUGUCCAGACAAAUCUGUCAGCAAGGCAGAAAAACUCCAUCUGGACUGAAUGUGUUUAUGUCAAUGCAGAGAAACUCAACUAAACAUUACAUAACAUUGUUAUAACUUUA